AUGGGUGAUGGGCAACACACCGGUGGCCUCGCCUUUCUUGCUGCACCGCAGGACAACCUUCGAUAUUCGGAGGGCUCUGACGUAAUUCAUGUUCUUAUUUAUGUAUCAGCUGCGAGGUGUCAGGUGAUUUUUGUUACGGUGAGUGAUGGGGAAACCGUGUUGAUGCUCGCUAAGCGUUUGGUGGAUGUGCACUUCAGGUUGGGCCGUGGAUCUUUCAAGUCGAUUAGAACGGCUGAGAGAGAGAUUUUACUGCGAAAACUGAGGUUCUCAAGUGAAUCCAUUGUUGUAGAGAAUGAGGCCAAUGCGAGUGAUGUGGCAUCUCAUUGUAAACACUUGUUUCUCUCGACUCUGUCUGCCUCCGAGCUGCAACAUGCGCACGAUGGGGAUCCUAUGGAGGGUUUUUUUUGUAGCGAACUCUGCAAUGAAAAUAAGGACGGUGUGAUAUGUUAG